AAAAAUUUCGCUUUUGCUUGUCUCUCUUUCUUUCUUUUCGCAUUAGAUAAAUUGUAAAUCUUUUCAUAGAUAUUUAAUAAUUCAUUUUAAUUGUAAACAUUUGCAAAAUUUAUGAUAUAAACAAAUUCCAUUUGUAUUUCAUGCCCAUAAGUUUUAAGUUGCACUGAGUUUUGUGCCAAAUAUAUUUAUACUGAGGGAAAUUGGAUUGAAAAAAUUCCGAUAGAAAUUUGUGCAUGAAGAAAAUUCAAUUAUGUGAAAAUUUUCUACGUAACACCCUUCGUUUUAAUAACAACAAAACCGAGAAUAACAGCACUAACAACAACAACAACAACCCCUAGUUGGAAAUUUCCGUUCUUUAGAAGAAUAUUUAAAGAGGUCCGUCCACUGUAUGCAGGAAACCACGAAAAACCUAAAUAUACCAGAUUUAAGUAAAAUAUAUCAAUAUAUUGAAUCCUGGAACUGGAAUCCUGGUAGACGCACUUAGGCACGAUGUUUGGUGCCAAACUAAGAACAUGGAUGGAGAAUCACAUAGUGAGGCCCCGAAAAAAAGGCAACAAAAAUAAAUCAAAUUCCAGUUCAGCCUCAAACACAAUAACGCAGACCACCGAUAACAAUCAUCAUUUAAAUCAUUCAACUGCCGAAAUUUAUAGCAAACAAAAACAUGCUGCCUCUGGUUUUACUAUGUAUCAACAUCAUAGCAAUGGUGCUGGAUCACCUUUUAAAACGAACUCCAAUUCGAAUAGUUCUAGUGCCAAUCAUACGGGUUGCAGUAGUGUUAUAUCGAGCCCUGUUAGAAGACGUGAGGUGUCACCGAUACAAAAUCAUGCUCAAAGUCGUUAUGGUUGGCAAUCUCCAGAUCGUGAAUAUAUCAUAUCUCCGAAAUCUGAUCAUUUUCUCUAUCCUUCGCAACAUUCUAGUCAACAAUAUUUGCAAAGCAACACUAACACUAAUACAAACUCCCAAGAUAUUUCCGGAGAAGACAAUAAAUAUAAGACGACGCAGCCACAACAAGAACAACAGCAACAGCCGACGCAACAGCAUCAAUUAAAUUGUUCUACGUCUUCCUUCUCCUCUCUAUCAUGGUCUACCGGGUCCAAAGAACCUUCGAUGAACUCAUCUGGUGUCCAACAAGUGAAAACGUCAGGUGUUACGCAAGUAGUAGAAAUCAAUAAUGGUCUUGAACACCAAGUGUUCACUCCCGAAGAACAAAGGAAUUCGGAUGAGGAUCCUAACGCUGUUCAUUACGAGGAGAUUGGCACACUGAUUAGACAUCCUGAGAAUUUAUUUCACGGAACUACUUUACCGCCAGAAAGACCAAAAUCUGAGCAAUUCUCCUGUUCCACUCACACGGGUAGAAUAUUGAUCGAAGAGCGGCACAGCCAGGAUGAUCAUUCGGCUCGUUAUGGGCGUUUACUGCCUUCAAAAAUGCCUAACCCUAUUAUUGUUAGUUUUCGUAGCGGCAGUGAAGAAUGCAUACCACGCCAAGGGGCACAUGGACCCCUUCAAACCAGUGGAGCCCAUUCUUACACUGGCAGUGAUCACGGCGGAACUUUUAUGCAUAUACGCAACAUUCAGCGUAGUAAACAUCUGCCCCCAAUUUAUGGAGGUCAGGCUCUAAGCGAGAAUCGUCCCCCCGGAGCACCGCUCAUUAGUCUUUCCUCACCAGAAAGUGCUUACUCUACCGGUUACUCGACUGAUGGUACUUCCCCGGGUAAUGGCUACACUCCACCCGAAUAUUACAUAAAUAUGCGUACUGGCACCCACUAUUUUCCCAAAAGCAUUAAUUCCCUGGCCAUUGAAGCGCAAAGAUAUAAAUUUGGUUUAAACAAAAUCGAGGAAAUGUCACCUAUCGAUCCCUUGCCUAAAACUUCAUUUAAUCAUCGCAGUAAUAUUGAUGAAUGUGAUGGUGGGCAAAUGAAAAUGCCCAGCUUCCCAAUAGUGCCUCCUUGGGGGUCCGGCCCUCCUAGCAGUCCUCUACCUAUGCAUGCCCCCAUUGUUAUACCCACUUUAAAAGGUUUUGAAUCUCCUUCCCCCCGACAACGCUGUCGCAUACGCACCAAUCCGUGGUAUUCAACAACCGAAACCUCUUCAUCUAGCUCAACAGCUACUCAUUCACAGCCCGGAGUUAUGUUAACAGCAUCGCAGAUCUCUUCCAUGACCAUUUCUUCCAACUCGUCACAGUCGACCCAAUCGGCCCCUUCCACCAUUCACGUUGAAAACAAUAAUAAAAGAGACAAAUCUCCAGGCGUCAAGUCAAUGAGCACAAGUUCAUCAGCCGGCGGCUGUAGCAGUGGUUUAAGUAUUAAGCACAACAUGACAUAUGUUUCUUCGGAGAGCUCAUCAUCGCUAACAGAAGUGGAAAAUGUUCAUAGGUCCUUCACAUCCAACACCAUGCGUCGUAAGCGUUCUUUGCAAUUGCAACAACACUGUAUAGAACCUGUUGCUGAUAGUCCGCAUAAACAAAAUUAUCAUGAGUUGCCCUUGGCUGCGAUGAGUGACGAUGACGCCACUUUGAAUGAAAUGAUGGGAAAAUUUGAUGAAAGCUAUGUAUACGAGAAAGAGACAGAUAUAUUGAGUGACUCAGAUCCCACAGAUUGCCCUUCGGAUCUGGAUACAGGUCAGGAUGCAGGAGACGAAUGCGAUACUGAUGAAUUAUUGGACAUUGAUUUCAUUGAUACGUCAUCUAUGCAAGAAGUGUACGAGCGCAAGGAUGCAUUAAGCAAUAUGGGUUAUUACGUUCAGGGAAGUCCUUUGUUGAACCAAUUUCAGCAGCAUAAAGCCGCAACGCGUAUACCGAGAAAUUCUAGAAGUCUGAAAAUAUCGGCUGAACAAAACUUAUUGGUCAGCGCUGGUGGUAGUGCACAACGAAGACGCAAACGUUAUCAUAAAACACGGAAGAAGAGCUCAGAGAGCAGAGAUCAUGGUCAUCGCUCACCAAUGAGAAAACCACGUGAAACUCGUAGUGUUGGUGGCACACCAGUCUGUCUUCGGAAGCAUAUAAAUGCUAGUGAUAAGGAAAGAUAUAGUCGUACGACACCCUCGCAAUUAUCACAGCGCUCAAAUUCUUUAACUGACGCUCGCGAAAAACGUUUUAUGACCGUGGGAGAAAGUGAAAAAGCUUUGCUUAGGGCUGACUUUGAGGCUGAUGUUAAAUACCGUCAAUUGAUUAUGGAAGCCGAGUUGAUUCUAGUUUCGAUGCGGAAUAGUGCGCAAAGUAUACCUCGAGAAACUCCCGUAGCAAGCCCUCGACGCGUAAAUCCUUUGGCUAACAAACGCGUCGAAAUGAUUAAAAACUGCGAGAUAGAACCUAAAAGAGAUUUUUCGAAGCAGCAAUCUCAACAACAACAACAACAACAACAACAGCAACAACUGACAAACAAAUUGCGUUCUUCAUCUGAACUAAGUGAACAGGAACUAACGGCUGCUGUUAAUAAACGCAUUGAAUUAUUAAAAUAUGAAAGCAAUUCGCCACCCAAUAGUCCAAAGUUAGUUCCAUGUAGUCCACGCAAGACUCAUUUGACUAAUUUUAUAAAUCAAAAUUUAACUAACGAUCUUAUUAAUCGAAAGUCGUACGAGAAUUCGCCUUUAACGCCACGACGAGCGAUGCAAAGUCCUGCCUGUUCUCCUAGACAACAGCGGCGUUUGAAGACCCAAUCACCGGUGCUAAAAACAAUCACGCAUUCUAACAAUCAAAUUUUAUAUAAUCUCAGCGACUCCGAUCAGGAAUUGUGCGCCAUUUUAAAUCAGAAAGAUGAGCGUAAUCAAAAUUUUCUCAAAGAAAAGGCUAACAUUAUUGCCGCUUUAGAGGAUGUGAAAAAUCAAAACUUCCUUGAUUCUCAGCAAAAAGUGAAAAGUUAUUGCCCUCAAAGUGAGCCCUUAAAACGAAAAGUCUAUAAGGGAGCGACAGCUUACGAACAAUUGAAAAAUGAUUAUGAAAGUGAAUCAGUGAGUAUCUUUCAACAUCGACAUCAGCUGAAAUCGUUUAAUUCCGGCAGCAGUGAUUUUCAAAAGGAUCGUUUGAAACCCCAAAACCUUAGAGACGACUUCAAUCACUUAAGUAAAAUGCAAAACGAGCAAAACGAUCAAUUAUCGUUGAAUAAAACUGCUUUGAUUGUUAGCACUAUUGAAGACUUGAAAAGAAAUUUGGAACAUCAAAGCUUGGAACUUAAUGGACUUAAUGAGACUUAAUAAAAAAGAAAGCGUGAAAAAAAGCAAAAAAAAAAAAAAAAAAAAAACAAGAAAUAAUUGUAGCGCAGGCGAAGACCAAAAAACCAAAACCGAAACCAGAAUUUGAGUACGUAGUCAUAAAAGUUGGGCUCUUUAAUUAAUUAUUUAGUCAUAUAUAAAAGCUCAUACUGCCCGCACAUAAUACACUCACUCAAGUAUUACAUCACAUUACAUUACAUUACAUUACAUUAUAUGUACAUUUAAAAAAUAUUUGUCGUAGUCAUAAUU